UGGGGAUACACUCACUACGCCUAGUGCCUUUGAAGACGCCUCUUAGACCGCAAAAACGUGAACGAAAUGUGGCGAUGUCCACGACCCACUUGACGCUUCUCACUCCGUGCCCACUUUGACCCUCUUCGGACCUGACGGAACCAUCUAGUAGUAUAUUUGAUUUUUGUCGUUCACUUUCAGCAAAGAUGCAGUCAGGUCCAAACUUGCAACCUUUUAAACACCCUCUCCGCAACCCUACCUGGAGUCAUUGGCCGUCCACUCCGCUACCUGCAGACAAAUCUCAAUUACCUAAGGAUUUCGAGGCCUCUCAACAUCCGGAAUUAGAGGAUGGGUCCCUAAUUGCAUGGGGCCUCGAAGAAAGUCGGUUGGUAGACCCAAAUAGUAGAGCUACGAUUACCGUGCUUCAGGUUUGUGGACUGGACAUAAAGUGGCAUGAAAAUGUUGAUGACAAUGAGCUGCGCGCUAUUAUCUCGCAAGAUGACUUUAACUAUCAUAAAUCACCCUCGGAGUCACUUCAAAUCUUCUUCAUCAAUACCUUCCAGGGGGAUUCGGGCUGGCUUCCAGGAAAUUUCACAAUCAGACCCAGCACUGUAAGCUGUCUUCGUAAUGGCGGGUUUUCAGGAGUCAUUCUAUGUUCCAUAUAUUCCGCCGAAGGCCUCUGGGCCAAGAUGGGAAAUCAAUGCUUUCUACAACAUGACCAUGACGGAAAUUUGGCCUCGUUCGAGUUAUCCUACCGAUAUCAAUUUGCGUACAAUCAUGGAAUGUCCUACACCCAAUUUAUCCGAACCCGCCAUCGACACAGAUACUUCUGCAUCAAUUAUCCAGAUGCUGCAAUCCAACGCCUUACCGCCUAUUUGAAACAGGAACCGUCCCUUGCUUUUCGACCAUUUUUUCUGGACUCCUUGUCCGCUGAUGAAUGCCUGAAGGGUUUUCAGCAGGAUAUAGCUGACCGCAGAUCUGAACUGCGAAAGCACGAACGCACGAACAAAGAGUAUGACAAUUACAACAAAGCGACUAUAGCUCUACACUAUUUGUCUCGGGAUUGGCACACUCUAUCACAGGAUUGCCUGGAUUUUCACUCGCGUCUCGAGUUUCUUCAUGAUUCGCUCAAAAAAUACUUGAAACACCUUCUUGAUGGACGGAAUGACUGGGCUGUAGAAAGAUUCACCAACACGGGAGAGUCUUUUGAGGUGCUGAAGUCUCAAUGCGAAACCUUUGCUCGGUGGACAUCAGUUUAUCGAGACCGGACCAAUAUUCGCAUUAACCUCCUUUUCCACCUCGCCAACCAACAAGAGUCCCGGACGAGCUUGCAAAUCGCUGCAUCUACUGCCAAAGUAGCUGAGCAAACCCAGCGAGAUUCUUCGUCUAUGAUCACUAUCGCCGCUGUCACAAUGUUUUUCCUCCCUGGAACUUUUAUUUCUGCUAUACUGAGCACAACGUUCUUCGAUUACGGACCUGAUGGUCUUAGCGUGUCUCGUAAGUGGUGGAUUCUACCCGCGACCACAAUUCCCCUGAUGAUUGCUACAUUCGCUGUCUGGUUUGGUUGGCAGUAUUGGAGGUUUGAAAAGAAGAGGGGCUGAACUUGCCUUCAAGAAACUUCUGGUGGGCCUAUGAUGCAAGGGACUACUGCAGGGGCAUCACUAAAUGGGGUGAGUUUGACGCAACUAAAGUAACCAAAAUCUGAC